AUGAAAGCGAGAAAAUUACAAAGUAUCAAGAUCAGCAAUAGAAGUCCUGAGGUCAAUCAUCUUCUUUCCGCUGAUGACUCCCUAUUUUUUACUCUUGCAAAUGUGAAAUUUGCAAAGAAAAUCAAGGAGAUAUUGUCGUUAUAUGAGAAAGUAUUAGGGCAAGCUGGUAACUUGGUCAAAUCAUCUAUCACCUUUGGCAAGAAAGUUAAAGUAGAGAACAAAACCAAGGUACGACACAUUCUUAAUAUCCACAACGAAGGAGAAGGAGGUAAAUAUUUGGGAAUUCCUGAGCAGUUUGGUCGAAAGAAAAGCACUAUGUUCCAAUAUAUCAUUGAGAAAGUCAAAGAGAAGACCCAAGGUUGGAACAAAAAGUUUUUAUCCUCUGGAGGCAAAAAAGUUCUUCUUAAAUCAGUUGCAUUAGCCAUACCGAUCUAUUCCAUGAAUGUCUUCAAGUUCCCAAAGGAAAAUUUUCAAGACAUCAAUAGCUGCCUCGCUAAGUUCUGGUGGAAUUCCAGUGAGAGUAAUAAUAGUAUGCAUUGGUUAGCUUGGGAAAGACUUGGAACUCCAAAAAGAUCUGGAGGCCUUGGAUUCAGAGAUUUAGAGCUGUUCAAUGAUGCUUUAUUGGGGAAACAAUCUUGGCGAUUAAUGCAACAAGCUCAUAGCCUAAUGGUCAAGUUGCCAUCAGACCCUCCACGACCCCCCAGACCAAGAGGGAAUAUAAUACCAACUAUACUGAGUGAGUGGAACAUGACUACUCCAACAUCAUGGAACACAGAGAAAUUAACAGAACAAGUUCAUCCAGAUGAUUUGGAGCUAAUUCAGCGAAUCAAGCUCUAUUCACAAGAUAAUUAUGAUAUACUAGGCGGGCAUUACACCAAGACUGGUAUAUACCCUGUUAAGUUGUCUUAUCAUCUUGCAGUCCAACUUGAUUGA